CGUUAAUAUAACGCCCGCAAGUCAGUUUUGUCGGCCACACAUUCAUCUUUUGCAUAUCCAUAGCAUUUGAAAACGAACUUCACUGGCAAACUGUAAUAACAACCUGAGUCUUAAAAUUUUGUUGUACAACACGCGACAGACGAUCAGGCAUUUACAGAUGUCUUUGGUUGCAUGUUCGUGACACACUGUUGGUGGAGACCGGCCUCAUCUCAUCUUCGAGUUUAGCGGGAACAAUAUCUUUUAAAAAGCGAUUGUCAAUUCCAGCAAAGCCCACUGCACACGUACGGACGCCGUGGGAUGCAAUGCUAUGUUUACGUAACAUAACAGACCGGAAUAGACGCUUGGAGCAAAGGUAAUUCUAAUCUUGGUUUCUAACUUUCUUAGUUGCGUAUGCUCAACAUAAUGACGCACCUGGACCAAAGACUGCAUGCAUGACUCAAGAGAUUACGAUCAAUGUCUCUAGACCAGUGUUCCUUUAAUUCUAUGUUGACGUUAGAAAACAGGCUGAGAUCGAAGCUUAGAACCUGAAGUUAAUUCUAUACUCGUUUUAAUAAUCCUAAAGUAAGGGCUGCGACAGUGAACGCAGAGUAAACGUCAAAUUGGGUGCAACAUUCCGGACAUCUGAAGAAAGUUACCACGCUCUAUAUCGAGCAUUUCUUUUACCAUCUAACAUACUUGCUAUUAAGUUUGCCGCACUUGUGUCUCAAGGGAUAAAAACAAAUCAGUUUUCCCAGUUACCCUAAAAUAUUUUCUGGUUUCCCAACAGCCUCUUACUAACUGCACAGAUUGUCUAAAUAAUAAGAGGAUUAAAUCUAGCAUGGUAUUUCAUGAUCCGCGCUUCAUUACGUACACGUAUCCGAUCUGUUGCAAUUAUUCAUAAAUUUUUAAAAUAGUUCUUACUGAGUUCUGUCGAUUCAAGGAAGAUUUUGAAAUUUUAGGAAGAGAGGAUAAACAAACUUGUUACAUGCUGCCUAGCUGAUCUGAAACGUAAUCGUAGAGAAAAUCGCUGUUCACGCAAAGAGCCCAAAAAAUCCGAGAAAUUUCGGUAUAGUUCUACAGUCAUAAUAAGGCUUUUGCAAGGUUUCAUUGUAACUUCAAGAUAAACUAAAAACUGCCAACAGGAUGCCAAGACUGUUUUAGCAGUUUUAUGCAGCCGGCCGGAUAACGAAUUAAACUAGAGAACGAAAUACACUGCAUUUAUCUGCAAAUAUCAAGAAACGUUUGAUAGAAAACAGGCACUGCACGAAACAGACUUUACUAGGGCACCCAACGAAUUCUUUCUUUAAAAUAACUGUUCGAAGGAGCACUAUUGGGAAGAAAUUUAUUUGGAGUUUUUCUACUAACUUACUAACCAUUUUCGGUGGUUGUGUUUGUCAUAUUUUGUUAGCAAGAUAUUGCGAUUAUUGUUAAAUAAAAAAAGAUCUCCUGAAAAUAAAAAUACAAACUACCCCUAAACCAUGUCCUUGAACUUUCGAUCGGACCCAUCAUGGGUUACCUAACAGUUUGGAUAAGACAAAAAAACCACUUAAGACUUCGAGAUGACAAAAGUUAAGAUAAAUAAGAUUAAAACAGAUAAAUAAAUUUAAGGGCAGCUCCAACUUAAGUAAACAGGCUUCUAAAGCAUAGAGAAAACCAUCUGGAACUCUUCCGAGGUAUUUGGAGUCAUUCGAUUGUUGGGUGACCUGUCAUUAAACAUCUUUUUUGUGAAUAUAAACUGAUUUAACUUCAUUUGCCAAUGAAUUAUCUAUUCUUGAAGAUUUAUCAGAGCUUUUCACUGUUUUGUGUGCCUUUUUAAGUACUGUCUACAAAACGAGGAGGAGUGUAUUAUCAGGUCUUAACACUCGAGGCGACGCUGGUAGUUUUUAAACCUGGCAAUACACGAAAGCGAGUUUCAGUUUGAACGGCUUCAAUAUCUUUGAUAUUGAUAAACUCAUUCUUGCAGUAAUAUUUAUAUUUGGGGUUAUUUUGGUCUAAAAAAUUGGACGUAAAGGUUAGCUGUGUCUUUAUCAGAUAUAAAAACACUCAUUAAACUUUAAUUUCUUUUGUUUUUUCUUUAUGAAUUAUUAAUGAGUUUGAAUAAUCGUUAAGUGUUUGGUUACCUUGUAAGUUUCAUAAUUGCAAUAAUUCUCAAUGGGCCGGUUAUUUAAACGAGAUCAUACUCGUUCCAACGUCCAACACAAUAACUGGACCUCAUUGCAUCAGUUGAAUUAUCAAGAUUGGCAAAACUACCGUUCAGUUGUGCAGUUCACUAAACUACGGUUAAAUGUUAAGUUAAUCCAGGUUCCCUUUUCCUUUGUUUAAAGCAUUGUAACUAGUCAAUUUAGAGCAUCCAAACACAGGGGAAAAGAAUAUACCGCAAGGACUUGCUUGGUAAGAGUUCAGCUUUGAAUUCAAUUCAUACGCCAAUCCUGGGUUAUCUUAAGCAUACUUUGAACACCAAAUGAAUUAUUUUCGCACUGCUAAUUUGAGGUAUUAUUCUCAAUUUCUGUGGUGUAUAAACUAACCUCCGUAGUUAGCGGUUUCAUUAAGGAGGGAUGCCAGCUACGUAGGUUAGUGGAUGACAUGACUGACAUGGAUAAGACUAUGACGCUGACUAAUUCCAACUAAUUCCAUUGUCUCCUUUUGUUUACUUGUAGAGCUAUUUGGAAUUAGUUGUAUCUGUUUCAAGGGUUAAGUGAAAUAACUCUGUCUUCAAACAUAUUAGGGCUUUUUUCGGUAUUUUAUGUAGUACGUUAUGUUGUACAAUCAAAUUCUUUUUGUCCUAAUAUUGGGCGAUCCAUUGACAGUAGUUUGUGUGUAAUCCACCCACGCUCUAGCAGCCAUUUCUUACUGUAUUAAAUAUGACCCAAAAAGCGCAUGAAGAUGACGCACAAAGUGUAAAAAAAAAAAACUAAAACUAUCGCCAACCGUUUUAAGUGCCAUAAAAAUCAAAAGGGAAGGUCAAGAAGCCCUCAGGUUUUUUGUUAAGAACCAUUUACAUCUCUGAGGCGUGGCAAAAACCAUGCGUCACGGAUUGCGUAAGUUUCUUGUUCCUAGCCUCGUUCAGUUGUGAAAAAUGUAUUUCUAGAAACGUUGAUUUUUAGACAUUUUGUCCUUCGUUUCACAGCUCACUGAUAGUUUACAUUCCCGUCUGUUUUUAUGAAAAAACUAAAGAAAGUGAGACAAAAUAAAGCGUUGGAGCAUAAAUAACCCGGAAAUUGUGCGUGGGAGUUUAAACAAACAUUUUCAAUGACGCUUCAAAAGAAACUGAGUUCAGUAUUGAGCUGCAUUUUAGACAUAGUAGCGUUCCCGUCGCUAACGAACCAGAAGGAAAAAUGAUUUCGUUUUUGAUUCAAUAAUCCAUUUAAAAUGAAUAAUCCAAUAGUCAUAUUUAGCCUCGAUUCCAUAAUCGAACAAACGACGUUUUUUUUGAAAAAUUACACUCUCCACAAGUUAACCUCAGAAUUUUUGUUUUUUUUUUUUUUUUUUUUUCUGCCAUAUUUCUAGUUAAUUGUUAGUUUAAUAAUCAGUGCAACAGACCUAGGCCUGACCUCUUAGAAAAACACGACGGUCAAACUGAGGGGUAUGUGCGGUGAAAGUUUCUUUGCCUCGUUAUUUUGAUUAAAAAUUGCAAAUACGAUUGAACACAACAGACAAGAAUAAAGAACAGGUAGAUUUUGUUCAUAAACCAAAUAACAUUUGAUUAUUCUAUAAAUAUAUUUUGAAUCAACAACGAAAUCAUUUUUCCAUUAAUGAAUUCAUUAGUUUGUUAGCGACGGGAACGCUUGACCUGGUUUGACUGUAAUUUAUACUCCAGAAGCGGGGAAAGCCUCGUGGCUAAAUUGCCUGCGAGACUCACAUAACUCUAUAAAUAUAUUUUGUUUUCAGGGCGGCGUGAAAUGGCAGUAGGAGAGCCUUAUCCAGAGACCGAAUUAAGCCCAACUGGAGGCGGCCUUGCUGUUGCAGCUGAGCCUAUCCCAGAAUGGGGCCCUGCAUUGCAGACAUGGCAGUGGGCCUGGGAAUUUCACUGGAUUGGGUUUGGUACGCUCUUCACUCUUUUUGCGUUGUACUCUUUAGCAUCCUUGUUACAGAUAGUCAAGGGGAAACGACGAGGAAAACGAGGGCAUUUAGCCAUGGUCAUUUCAAGCAUGUUACUGAUUCUCGGGCUGACAAGGGCUUUAUUUCUCUUUGUCAAUCCUUACGAGUCUCCACAGUGCUACGUAUUGCCUAAGUGCCCCGUGAUGUUGACUCGAAUUCUUUUCGGUAUUGCCCUACCAUGCAUCACGGCUUCGUUCUCAUUGGUCCACCUGGCGUUUCUUCAAGUUAUGAAACUCAAGCUGUACCCAGAAAAACUCCAAAGCAUUAAAUUUCUGACCUGUGUCAUCGUGUUUCAUUUUGGACUUUCGUUCAUCACAGAGAUUACAAUGUCACUGUUUACCGACGCAGAAACACUCAGUAUCGUGUGCCAGUCGUUCUUCGUCGUGUUUAGUUUUGUUCUUUCUGUUAGCUUUAUAUAUAGUGGUACUAAAAUUGUCACUUAUGUAACUCGUAAUCACAGCCACGUGACUCGCCUCGGGCAAGCAAGCCUGCGUGCAAGGGACGAUGGAACAGGAGAACCUGGCACCAACCGUUUAUAUCGCCCUAACGUGGCUAAACUCGUCAAAAUAACCUACUUUACAGUGUUGCUUGGGUUUGUAAGCUGCGCGCUUCAGUUGUACUCGAUUAUUGGUGUGCACAAAAUGUACAAAGGAGAAGAAAUGGAGCCUCCAAAACCUUGGCCUUGGUUAAUAUUUCAAUCAUUGUACCGCGCGGUAGAGCUGUUGGUGGGUUGUACACUUGCUUACGUGGGUCCGCGGCAAGUCAGCCGCAAUAUUCAACCAUUCAUUCACUGUUUUGCCUUUUGCCGAAACGCACGAAAAAGAGCCAGUUCUGAAAACAGUGAUUCUUCCAAUUACGCUACAAACAUUGGCCGAACUAGUGAAAAACGAUUGACUGAAGAGCGAAAGGAUAGUGCCGCGUAGAUUAAGGAAAAAGAUACGAGUUAGAGAACAAAAAUGAUGGAAUGAAAAAGGACAUACACGUAUCUAGCCCCAAGACCAGAAAAACGUGUGCUGAUUGUCGCUAGGGGCACAGCCCUGGCAGAUCAUGACAAAAAUUGUAAAAGUUCGCGAACUACACUCUUUUUUUUAUAAGAAUAUAUUUUAUAAGAAUAUCGAGGCUGAAAUUGGCGAAAUUUUAAGAAUAUUUUAAGAAUAAAGCCGAGGCUGAGAUUUUGAAAAGGAUAGAUAUAAUUUUGUGUGUUGAAGUAUCUGUAAAUACAAUACAAUUUUAUGUUUUUAACAUAACCGUAUAAAAUUAUUCCUUUCUCUGAACGGAAAAACUAGCCAACAAUUGUCCAUGACAUAGUUGAAACAAAAUCGGGUACUUUCGUUUCCAUCACGCUAUUUCUGUGCGAUACAGAUCUAGCUACCAAACACUUGUAAUUGACACCCCAAUAAAUUCUAAAACGGAAAUGUCAUAAGCUAUAAUUUAAGAAUAAUACAAGAAUAUUUUCAGCCUAAAAUCGGCAGAAAAAUAAGAAUAUUCAGCCUGGGACGGAAAAACAACAUUCUUAUAAAAAAAAGAGUGUAAAAAUAUCACCAGAUAUGUAUAAAAAAUGCCAUGAAAGUUUUAGGAUUCAAUAUGAGCGAGAUUCAAGGAAUACAAUAGAAAACAUUUAAAAAUAUUGAUCAAGAAUAUAUAUUUAAAACGUUAGGCUACAGUCAUAUGAUUGCUCAGGCGACUGCUAUUCUACGUAUUUAUUUUACAAGUAGUCAUAUAAAGCAUAUUUGAAGUUAUGUUUAUCUUGUGGAGAAAAUAAAGAAUUAGUUUAGAAGACAGC